AUGUAUCUACAAAAGGAAUUGGAAGAGAUGAGAAAACUUGACAAAAAUCCCCUUCACUUAAGACCCUUAAUCAAAACUGAAUUUUCUUAUCUUAAUGAUGAAGAUACAGACCCCCGCAUAACCACCAAGGAAACGCCCUAUUCUGCCACUGAACUGGCAAAGUUGAAAAAGGAAUAUGGGCAUCUUAUCAAAGAAUCUGAAACAGAAUACGUGUGGCGUGUGUCUUUAGCUGGGGGUGACCAAAUUCAACUGAGCAAAAAGGAGGCCGAGGGUUACUGGGGCCACGGAGUUUUCUUAACAACAGGCGACCGCCGGGCCAUAUGGUCCUUAACUCAGCGUGCUGCUUACUGGGCUGGAGGGUUGAACCCUCUGGAUAGGGGAGACCCCUUGGCAAUAAUAGGCACAGCUGACCAAUUAAUAGAAAGCGUACACAAAGAUGCUUGCCUACAAAUGAUACAUGAGAGAAAGUUAAUUCCUGGAUGCGAAUCACCAUUGAUGUUGACUGUUAACCUUGAAAUUAUGACUCCGUUGAUAAGGGGACUCCCCGAGACACUUAAAUCCACGGGGAUAAGUCUCCAGAGAACCAUAGCGUCAAUGGGUCCUGUGGAGAGGUUGGAAGGGUUUUAUGCGCAGAGACCUCACGCUAGACCUAAAGUCUGGGCAUGGGGGGAGGUAGCACAAGAAUUAAUUGAUUACAGUAGAAAAUACUGUCUUGUGAAGCCUUUGGAGGAAAGAUCAAGGGGCAUCUGACAUGUAGGAGUUAAAAAUGCACUCCCCCAUCCCAGUAAAACUGGACGUUGCCAAAGAACAGGCUUUAAAAAAGGAAUUCCUAAGGAUUUAAUGGAUGGUUUACCUUUGGAUAAAUUGAGCAAACUGGUAACCCAGUGGUGUGUGCUAAAACCACAUUCUUCUUCUUCUGUGAAAGAAAGUGAACCUGUCAUGGCUUCAGCCCCCACUUUCGUUGACAGUGCAGACAAGGCAUCGAAGCAAACUUUUUCCCCAGAGCGGGGAAACUAG